CAAUGAAUCCCUUUCUGGAUCUCCUCCUGUUUCUGGCGACGCUCCUCUACUCCUACUUAGAGGCUUUCGUGAAGCUUUUUGUCCCUGUGAAGAGGAAGUCUGUCAGCGGAGAGCUCGUUCUCAUCACGGGUGCUGGCCACGGCGUUGGGAGAGCAACUGCCGUCGAGUUCGCCAGGCGUCAGAGCAGGCUGGUCCUGUGGGACAUCAACAAGCACGGCGUUGAGGACACGGCAGCAGAAUGCGAAAGGCUGGGAGCCACUGUUCAAGCCUUCGUGGUGGACUGCAGCAAAAGGGAGGAAAUCUACAGCGCUGCAGAGAAGGUGAAAAAGGAAAUUGGGGAUGUCUCCAUCCUGGUGAAUAACGCUGGUGUGAUUACAACUGCCGACCUGCUCUCGACUCAGGACCACCAGAUUGAAAGAAUGUUUGAAGUCAACAUUCUUGCUCACAUGUGGACCACAAGAGCUUUUCUGCCAGCCAUGAUGAACAACAACCACGGUCACAUUGUCACGGUGGCUUCGGCAGCAGGUCAUUUUGUGACUUCGUUCAUGGUGGCUUAUUGGCUUGGAAAGAUUUUGGAGAUUGAAGAAGUUGUAGAGGCCCUGAUGGAAGGAAUACUGACCAACCAGAAAAUGGUUUUUGUUCCAUCGCAUCUAAGCAUUGCUUUACUUUCUGAAAUGUUGUUCCCAGAACGUGCCCUGGUUGUUCUGAAAAAGCUGACCAAUGCCAAGUUUGAUGCAGUCAUUGGGCAGAGAAGCACUCAGUGA